AUGUUCAAGAGCGGCAUUUCCUCCUUCGCCAGGGCCGCCCGGCCGUCCUUCGCGGCCGCGGCCACGCGACGUGCCAUCAAGCCUGCGUCCCUUCGAUUCCCUCUCAACAGCCGGUUCGCCUCUACCGCCAGCGUCGGUGAUGGCAAGAUCCACCAGGUCAUUGGUGCCGUCGUCGACGUCAAGUUCGACAGCGCCAAGCUGCCGGCCAUUCUGAACUCCCUCGAGACGGAGAACAACGGCCAGAAGCUCGUCCUUGAGGUCGCGCAACAUCUCGGCGAGAAUGUCGUCCGCUGCAUUGCCAUGGACGGUACCGAGGGUCUCGUCCGUGGUGCCAUGGCCAAGGACACCGGUGCCCCCAUCACCAUCCCUGUCGGCCCUGCCACUCUCGGCCGUAUCAUGAACGUCACCGGUGACCCGAUUGACGAGCGUGGCCCUAUCAAGACUGACAAGUUCUUGCCUAUCCACGCUGAGCCGCCUACCUUCACUGACCAGUCCACCUCUGCCGAGAUUCUGGUCACUGGUAUCAAGGUCGUCGAUCUGCUCGCUCCCUACGCUCGUGGUGGAAAGAUCGGUCUCUUCGGUGGUGCCGGUGUCGGCAAGACCGUGUUCAUUCAGGAGCUGAUCAACAACAUCGCCAAGGCUCACGGUGGUUACUCCGUCUUCACUGGUGUCGGUGAGCGUACCCGUGAGGGUAACGAUCUGUACCACGAAAUGCAGGAGACCUCGGUCAUUCAGCUCGAGGGCGAGUCUAAGGUGGCCCUGGUCUUUGGUCAGAUGAACGAGCCCCCGGGUGCUCGUGCCCGUGUCGCUCUUACUGGUCUUACCGUCGCCGAGUACUUCCGUGACCAGGAGGGUCAGGAUGUGCUGCUUUUCAUCGACAACAUUUUCCGAUUCACCCAGGCCGGUUCCGAGGUGUCUGCCCUGCUGGGUCGUAUCCCCUCUGCCGUCGGUUACCAGCCCACCCUCGCCGUCGACAUGGGUGGCAUGCAGGAGCGUAUCACCACCACCAAGAAGGGCUCUAUCACCUCCGUCCAGGCCGUCUACGUCCCUGCUGACGAUUUGACUGACCCUGCUCCCGCCACCACCUUCGCCCAUUUGGACGCCACCACUGUCUUGUCCCGUGGUAUCUCUGAGUUGGGUAUCUACCCCGCUGUCGACCCUCUCGACUCCACCUCGCGUAUGCUUGACCCCCGUAUCGUCGGCCAGGAGCACUACGACACCGCCACCCGCGUCCAGCAGAUCCUCCAGGAGUACAAGGGUCUCCAGGACAUCAUCGCCAUUCUGGGUAUGGAUGAACUUUCUGAGGCCGACAAGCUCACCGUCGAGCGUGCCCGUAAGAUCCAGCGUUUCCUGUCCCAGCCUUUCACCGUCGCCCAGGUCUUCACUGGUAUCGAGGGUAAGCUGGUCGACCUCAAGGACACCAUCGCCUCGUUCAAGGCCAUUCUGGCCGGUGAGGGUGACAGCCUGCCUGAGGGUGCCUUCUACAUGGUUGGCGACCUGGCCUCGGCCAAGGAGAAGGGUGAGAAGAUUCUUGCGGAGCUGGAGAAGAACUAG